AUGGACUCUGCAAAUUUUCAUCAUCAGCAUCAGCUCCAAGAACAGUUGGCUGAGUGUUUUACUUCAGCAGCCCAAUCUGGCUAUAAAGCUUCUACUACCCGUGACUGGAUCCCAAGCAUCGUUUUAAAUAAUGGUAGUAACUACAAUAGCUAUCUAACUGAAAGCAUCCCAAAUUCACGGGAAAUGUGGCCUAAGUGUACCAUCAAUGAGCAGCUUCUUAGACCUAGCAUGAAUGAAGACUCAAGUUUUUCUAAUGCAAGAAGUACCCAACAAUCAGCCGAUGAAUUGCUCUUUGCAAAAAUCAAAGAGGAGAUGCCAGACACUUUCCCCAAAUUGAGUGAAAUGAUAUGCAAUCCCUCUAGUUCAGAAGAAUCACAUUCACUCUCCAUAAGAAAUGAGCUGCAAUGUUCUCCUAAUAAUCUGUGGCUCAGCAACUUCUCCUCUGGUCGCCAAAUUAUUGGACAACCUUCUGCAGGAGAUUUGUACUCUAAUACUCAGAACCCUGCAAGUUUUGGAGGUGUAGUUGGAUCCAGCAGAUUUAACUUCAGCCAUGUUUUUCCAAGUACUAAUUCAUCACCCUCAGAUUUGUCGUCUUCAUUAGUUUCAUCAAGUUCUUUGGGCUUGAGCUUGCAGACUUUGGAUCUUUUGACAUCUACCAAUUAUGGUGGGAGUUUUAGCCAAUCUUCACAUGAUAUUUUUGGCAUUCGUCGAGAUAGGAUGUCUCUAAGCCCUGAUCACAUGCAAGAACUUGCGGAUAGUCCAUCAAACAGCUCCAACAAAACAACAGCUUUCAUGAAUGGAGUUACAAAAAAGAAGAGGGCUAGUAGUGUUUCUGAGCCAAAAGAGUCUCAUGCAGUAGCUAAGAAGUCGCAGUCAGGGUCACGAUGCUCAUGCCCACCACUGAAGGUACGAAAGGAGAAACUAGGAGACAGAAUUGCAGCUCUUCAGAGAUUGGUAGCACCUUUUGGCAAGACUGAUACAGCCUCUGUAUUAACAGAAGCUAUUGGGUACAUUCAAUUCCUUCAUGAUCAAGUCCAGACAUUGAGCAUGCCUUAUAUGAAAAUAUCGCACAGCAAGCCCAAUAGAGCCAUGCAAACGGGUUUGAGCGAUAAGGAUGGAACAGAACUAGAGCGAGACCUUAAAAGUAGAGGACUGUGCCUUUUGCCCCUAUCUUAUGCAUCAUAUAUUAGUGGUUAUGAGUAA